GGGAGGGGGGAAAACACUACCCCUGUCUCACUGUGUCCCUCCUGUCGCCAUAUUCUCCAUGCAGAUCCCCAGCAGACAGAACCCCUGCUUAGGGCAGCAAGAAACUUCAGCUCUCCCAUUGUUAUUUUUUUAAGAAAGCAAGACAGUAGAGAAGAGAUCGUCUUCCAGAACCAGCUGUCCAAGAUGACUAACAUAUCCUAUCACAUUUCCAACCUCCUGGAGAAGAUGACAUCCACCGACAAAGAUUUUAGGUUUAUGGCUACCAAUGACCUGAUGAUGGAACUGCAGAAGGAUUCCAUAAAGUUAGAUGAAGACAGUGAGAAAAAAGUUGUGAAAAUGCUGCUGAAGUUGCUGGAGGACAAAAACGGGGAGGUGCAGAACCUGGCUGUCAAAUGCUUGGGCCCUUUGGUGAGCAAAGUGAAAGAAUAUCAGGUGGAAACCAUUGUUGAUACGCUAUGUACAAACAUGCUAUCCGAUAAGGAACAGCUCCGGGACAUCUCCAGUAUUGGGCUGAAGACAGUGAUUUCAGAGCUGCCGCCUCCAUCCACUGGCUCCACCAUGACAGCCAAUGUGUGCAAAAAGAUCACAGCCCAGCUGACUGGAGCCGUUGGGAAGCAAGAAGAUGUGUCUGUGCAGCUGGAGGCUCUUGACAUCUUGUCAGAUAUUUUGAGCAGGUUAGGGGGGACUCUGUACUCCUUCCAUUCCUCCAUCUUGAACUGCCUCCUUCCACAGCUCACAAGUCCCAGGUUGGCUGUGCGCAAAAGGGCCAUCAUUGCCUUGGGUCACCUGGUCUUGACUUGCAACGGGAAUAUCUUUGCAGAGCUUAUGGAGCACCUGUUAGCAGAGCUGAAGAGGAACAACUCCACUUCAACCACAAGGACGUAUAUCCAGUGCAUUGCCGGCAUCAGCAGGCAGGCCGGGCACCGCAUAGGAGACUAUCUGGAGAAGAUGAUCCCAUUAAUUGUGCAGUACUGCAAUGUUGAGGAUGAUGAACUGAGGGAAUACUGCUUUCAGGCCUUUGAAUCUUUUGUGAGAAGAUGCCCGAAAGAAAUCGGUCCUCAUCUUCAUAAUGUGACAGGAUUGUGCCUCAAAUAUAUCACUUACGAUCCAAACUACAACUACGACAAUGAGGAAGAGGAUGAAGAAGAAAUGAUGGAAACUGAGAAUGGGGAGGAGGAAGAACAAGAAAGCGAUGAUGAGUAUAGUGACGAUGAUGACAUCAGCUGGAAGGUCCGCAGGUCUGCAGCCAAGUGCCUUGAGGCUAUUGUCAGUACUCGGCACGAUCUUCUCCGGGAGUUCUACAAAACCCUCUCACCCGCCUUAAUCAGCAGGUUCAAGGAAAGAGAGGAGAAUGUGAAGGCGGACAUUUUCUGUGCUUAUAUAUCUUUGCUGAAGCAAACCCUGCCCAUUCAGAGCUGGCUGCAUGCUUCAGAUGAGGCAAGCAAGGAGGACAUCCCUCUCACCAUGCUUCAGAACCAGGUUCCAAACAUCAUCAAGGCUUUGCACAAGCAGCUCAAAGAGAAGAGUGUUAAGUCAAGGCAGGGAUGCUUCACUCUCUUGACUGAGUUGGCUAACGUUCUCCCUGGCUGCCUAGCAGAUCACAUACCCGCACUCGUGCCUGGUAUUGUUUUCUCCUUGACUGAUAAAUCCAGCUCCUCCAACAUGAAGAUAGAUACCCUGUCAUUCCUUCAUGUUGUUCUUUGCAAUCACCCCCGGGAGGUGUUCCAUCCCCAUGUUAGGGCACUGCUCCCACCAGUUGUCCUUUGCAUAGGAGAUCCCUUUUAUAAAAUCACUUCAGAAGCUCUGCUCGUCACACAGCAGCUUGUGAAGGUCAUUCGGCCCCUGGAUGUGCCUUGUACGUUUGAUGCCAAGCCCUAUGUACGAGACCUGUUUUCUCCUACUCUGAAGAGGCUAAAAGCUGCUGAUAUCGAUCAGGAGGUGAAGGAACGGGCUAUCUCUUGCAUGGGGCAGAUUGUGUGCAAUCUUGGAGACCAUUUGAGCAGUGAUCUCCAGCCAACCUUGAAGAUUUUUCUUGAGAGGCUAAAGAAUGAAAUCACUAGACUGACCACGGUCAAAGCACUAAGUUUAAUUGCUAGUUCUACACUCAAAAUAGACCUAAGGCCUAUUCUAGCAGAAGGAUUCCCCAUUCUGGCCUCCUUCUUGCGCAAGAAUCAGCGUGCCUUAAAGCUGAGUACUUUGGCAGUUUUGGACAUUUUGAUCAAGAACUACAGCGAUAGCCUCAAACCAGCCAUGAUUGAAUGUGUUCUGAUGGAGCUUCCCGAUUUAAUUAGCGAGAACGAUAUGCAUGUUUCUCAAGUGGCUAUCACGUUUCUCACUACCUUGGCUAAGGUUUAUCCCUCUUCCUUGUCUAAGAUCAGUGGUACGGUCCUCUCGGAGCUUUUCCAGCUUGUUUACUCCCCGUUGAUGCAAGGGGGUGCCCUUAACGCCAUUGUGGACUUCUUUCAAGCUCUGGUUGUUACCAAGACAGUCAACAUGAGUUAUACAGAACUAAUGAAGCAACUGACUAGUCCUAUAUACUCCUCCAGCCCUGGUGGGGCAUCUGUAACUUUACAUAAACAGGCCUAUCACUCUGUUGCGAAAUGCGUUGCAGCCCUUUCAUCCGUGUGCCCAAAAGAAGUGCCAGGGGUAGUAAAUCAGUUCAUUCAGGAUGUGAAGAAUCCCAAGUCCAGUGCUGCAGUUAAAAUGUUGGCUUUCCUUUCGCUGGCAGAAAUAGGGCGCAGCAUGAACCUCAGUGCACAGAGGGAGCUCAAACCCGUGAUACUGGAUGCAUUUUCCUCACCCAGUGAAGAGGUGAAAUCGGCAGCAUCCUAUGCGCUGGGAAACAUCAGUGUUGGCAAUCUGAAGGAAUACCUUCCCUUCAUGCUCAAAGAGAUUGGAGGCCAGCCUAAGAGGCAAUACUUGCUGCUUCACUCACUGAAGGAAGUAAUCAGCUCCUCCCCAGGAGACAGUUUGAAACCCUACGUGGAGGACAUUUGGGCCCUGCUUUUCAAACACUGCGAAUGCACAGAGGAAGGGACGCGCAACGUGGUGGCAGAAUGCUUGGGGAAACUAACUGUGGUGAAUCCUUCUCAGUUGCUGCCAAGGCUGAAAAAACAGCUGUCUUCAGGUUCCCCUUAUGCUCGAAGCACUGUGGUAACUGCAAUCAAAUUCACCAUUUCAGAUCAGCCACAGCCUAUUGAUCCCCUUCUUAAAGGAUGCAUAGGUGACUUCCUAAAAACACUUCAGGAUUCUGAUCUGAAUGUUCGGCGUGUUGCUUUAGCCAUGUUUAAUUCUGCUGCUCACAACAAACCUUCUCUAAUCCGCGACCAGCUCAACAUGGUCCUUCCCCACCUAUACAAUGAAACCAAGAUUCGAAGGGAACUCAUACGGGAGGUAGAAAUGGGGCCAUUCAAGCACACAGUGGAUGAUGGCCUUGAUGUGAGGAAAGCUGCCUUUGAGUGCAUGUACACGCUUCUGGAAAGCUGUCUUGACCGACUGGAUAUUUAUGAGUACUUGAAUCACGUGGAAGAUGGGCUGAAAGAUCAUUAUGAUAUCAGGAUGCUGACUUUCAUUAUGCUGGCUCGUCUGUCAACGCUGUGUCCUAACGCAGUACUACAACGGUUAGAACGUCUCAUUGAGCCCCUACGAGCAACUUGCUCUACAAAGGUAAAAGCUGGUUCUGUGAAGCAAGAGUUUGAGAAACAAGAUGAACUGAAGCGUUCAGCAAUGAGGGCAGUAGCUGCUUUGCUGACCAUCCCUGAUGUAGAUAAGAGUCCUGUGAUGGCUGAAUUUUCUUCACAAAUCAGAGCCAACCCUGAAAUGUCUUCACUCUUUGAAAGCAUUCAGAAGGAUUCUACUUCACUGUCUACCACAGAAUUAAUGGACAUGAGUUAAACUCCUCUUCCCUGUUCUCCUACCACACAGUUCAGUUAACUGAGGAUGGAAGAUCUUCGAAGGAUGAUUUUAGCUGUCGGUGCCAUUUUUAAAAUGGCCACUAUUUCUACUAAGAAGGGCAUGGAUUCAGGCAUGAUAGCUUGACCUGUUGAUGUCAUUAGGACAGCAGUAGUUUGUUACUCCCAUAAAGCAAAUACACGUGUUUCUGCCAAAAAAAGUACAAAUGACUCCAGCUGAUUUAGGUAGAGCCUGAUAGCCAAUAGAAUUAUCCCAUUACUAUUUGUGGUGAUAGCACCACAAUAGCAUUUUAAAAAACAGUGAUGAAUAAAACCCUGCUAUACCCAAGACUAGCCAAAUGGCAAUUCAGCUUCCAUUAGUCAUAUUGGUUAAAUAGCAGCUUUCAUUUGUACUAAUAUUUAGACUGACUUGAGUCACUUUCAUACUGACAAGAUGAAUUAAGUUACACCUGAUCCCCCUUUUAAUCCAGCAUCUGAAACUGUGAAAGUGUCUCACUGUCAUUCAGUAUGGAAUGCCUUAUGCUUAUUUAAUGCCGUUCUAGUCUGCCACACUCCUUUUAACAGUGGUUUCCUCCUAUAGGUGCCCUCUGGCGACAGUUUACUUGAGAAGCUGAUACCAAAGCACUGAUGAUUUUCAAACCACAAAAGUUAGCAUGUUUCUCCAAGAGCCGUUCAUCUGUAAUAAUGGAACCACCUAGUUAUAAAAAUGCAAAUGCUCUUGUACCAUUAAAGAAAUGUUGUUGGGUUGGAUUCUGAGAACUUGUGCAUCUUUUCUCCCAGUCAUCUCUUGUGAACUCCAGAAAGGUGAAACUCAGCAUCAAGCAAGGCCCAUGGACAAAAUAUAACGAGGCACCCGGGAAGGGGGGGCGGCAGAUAUGAAAUGAAAGAAAUGUGACACUGCCCUCCUUGCUUUUAUUCCCCCGUCUUCGAAGGCCCAUGGACAAAAUAUAACGAGGCACCCGGGAAGGGGGGGCGGCAGAUAUGAAAUGAAAGAAAUGUGACACUGCCCUCCUUGCUUUUAUUCCCCCGUCUUCACUAGACCCUGCUGGGCCCUAUAGCACUGGGCCUCUGAGACAGUUCUCAGGAGAGGGGGAGAAGAUCCACAAGCACUUUCAGCUCCGUUUGUAAGAACAAGCUAUUGCUGUUCGGCAAAUAGAGAAUAACGACUUCUUGUGACCAUGGAUUGCUAAAUUUCGUUAGAAUUUAUUCCUUAGGAGUUAUUCUGUGAAUCACGUAAGUGCUCUAUUUAUGAAACAGGGUGUCACUUUCCAUCGUACAUGAAACGCAUCUGGUAAAAAUAAAUAUCAUGUAUUAUCUUUAACAUUAUUUGAUUAGCUUCAGUGUUUGCCUUUGCUACCAACAGAAUGUAAAUUUCUGGAGAAACAGCAAGUCCGCUGGUUUGCAUCCCUUACUGUCAGACUUCAAGUACUCCUCUUGAAUUAGCAUCACUGCAUUUAGAAAGUCAUUCCCUUAAAGCCCAGCUCUACCAGACUCAAACCUAGCUGUUCUACUGCAGACCAGCACAGCUACACUCUGAAACGUGAUUAAUGCGCCCCUGGCC